AUGGCCCCCGGCGGCCAGUGCGGCCCCAGGUGGUGCUGGCUCCUGUACAGCCUCGUGGUGGCGCUGCUCACGGUAAGGUGGAUGGGGCCCGACCUGCUGUUCUCCGCACGCGAUGAGCCUGCGCGGCCCGCGCUGCCCGCCCCUUCAUCAGAGGCGCUCGCGGCGCCCGCGGCGGCCGGGCCCUCCGCAGAGGCGCCCGCGGCGGCCGGGGCGGCCCCUCCGAGCGGCCCGCGGCUGGGCGACGGCGUGGGACGGUGUACCCAGGGCGCCGCCAACGCCGCCUGCCCCGGGUCCAUCGAGCCACCCAUGCGGGCCGGGACCUGGAGCUUCGGGAACUACAUGCAGGCCUGGCGCAACGACCUGGGCGACAGGGUCCUGCAGAUCCAGGGGGAGGCGACGGAACAGCAGUGCUCCGGCUUCUUCGUCUGGGGCGACUACGCGUGGUGCAACAGGGCCGUGGAGCCCACCGCGGCCGCCCGCCGUCCCAGCGGGGGAGUCGUGGGCAUCAGCUUCGGCAUCAGGGACCGUGACCCCUGGUCGGAGCUGAUGAGCAACCGCUACGGCGUGCGCACCGAGCUGUACGACUGCUUCUACGGGGUCGCGCCGUGCCCCGUGCCGCAGAAGAACGCGCCGUGCGGCGGCGUCAUGGGCUACGGCAUGACCGGGGGCGAGCUCCGCGCCGGGGCCCUCGGCCUGGAGCGCUGCCCCCUCAGGGACACCAAGAGCGGCCCGAAGCAGGGCUGCUUCGACGCCCCCUACCGGAUCCACAGGGUCUGCGUGAGCAACACCUCCUGCGUCGACAAGAAGACCGGCCACGCGUGGCCAUACACGACCCUGCGCGCCGUGCUCCACGGCUUCGAGCCGCUGUCCGUCCACCUGAAGAUCGACGUCGAGGGGUCCGAGUGGAACCAGUUGGAUGCGCUCCUUGGCAGCCCCGAGGACCUCGCGAAGAUACGCACCCUGGACAUGGAGAUUCACUACGGCCUCGAGGACUGGAACUCGCCGGGGCGGUGCCACGAGGAGGAGUACAUCGCGUGGAAGGUCGGCCUCAUCGAGCGGCUGGCGAAGUAUUUCGUGGUGAGCGGGACCACGCUGCAGGCGGUCAUUGAGAAGCAGUCCAGGCUUGCCAGACGGGGCACGGAGCAACUGGCGGGUGAGUUAAACCCGAACGGAAGGCACUGCAUGACCACUUCGACGGGCUGGGACCUGGGCAUGUAUUGCCUCAGCUUUGUCAGCCGUGAGCUGCUCGCGGCGCCCUGA